GAAAGUGCUUCUGCGCGCGCCGGCGGCAGCUGCAGCUCCUGCGAGCCGCGGUGGGACCUGCGGGCACGCUGAAGCCUUCCAGCGCGGCCCCGAGGCCCGGAGCGGCCAAAGCAGCCCGCGCUCUGACCCCGGCCCGGCUCCCGCUCCGGGCUCAGCCGGCGGGCAGGCGAGCGCGGCGCGGCCCGGGCCGGGGGGAUGUCUCGGCGAACGCGCGGUGAGGAGCUGGAGGAGCUGCACUACCAGGAGACAGACUCAGAUGUGCCGGAGCAGCGGGACAGCAAGUGCAAGGUCAAAUGGACCCACGAGGAGGAUGAGCAGCUGAGGACCCUGGUGAGGCAGUUCGGACAGCAAGACUGGAAAUUUCUGGCCAGCCACUUCCCUAACCGCACUGACCAGCAAUGCCAGUACCGGUGGCUGAGGGUCUUGAAUCCAGAUCUUGUCAAGGGGCCGUGGACCAAAGAAGAAGACGAGAAGGGCAGCGGUGAGGCUCAGGUGCCGAGAAGGUGCUAUGGUGGGGCUGAGGCAGGGCCAGGUCCGCUGGCUUCACAGAGGCUCAUCUCCAAGGUCAUCGAGCUGGUUAAGAAGUACGGCACGAAGCAGUGGACACUGAUUGCCAAGCACCUGAAGGGCCGGCUGGGGAAGCAGUGCCGCGAGCGCUGGCAUAACCACCUCAAUCCCGAGGUGAAGAAGUCCUGCUGGACCGAGGAGGAGGAUCGCAUCAUCUGUGAGGCCCACAAGGUGCUGGGCAACCGCUGGGCCGAGAUCGCCAAGAUGCUGCCGGGGAGGACGGACAAUGCUGUGAAGAAUCACUGGAACUCCACCAUCAAAAGGAAGGUGGACACGGGAGGCUUCUUGAACGAGUCCAAAGACUGCAAGCCCCCCGUGUACUUGCUGCUGGAGCUCGAGGAGAAGGACAGCCACCAGAGUGUACAUCCUGCGGACGGCCAGGGAAGUCUUGUGACCAAUUGGCCCCCGGCGCUCCCUGCCAUAAAGGAAGAGGAAAGCAGUGAGGAAGAGGCCACAGCAGCCGUCCCUGCUAAGGAGCAGGACGCUGUCCCUGAAGGGCUGGACAGAGUGCACACACCAGAGCCCUUAGACGACAUCCCCAAGCGUGACGACCAGGAAGGCUCCUCUCCAGAAAGCAGCUUGCCCUACAAGUGGGUGGUGGAGGCCGCAAACCUCCUCAUCCCAGCCGUGGAGUCCAGCCUCUCGGAAGCCCUGGACUUGAUUGAGUCGGACCCCGAUGCUUGGUGUGACCUGAGUAAAUUUGACCUCCCCGAGGAGCCGUCCGCAGAGGGCAGUGUCAGCAGCAGCCCAGAGCAGCCUCAGCCAGCACAGCAGCAGCAGGUGCCACCGCCCCGCCAGUCCGCUCACGCCGGGCCCAGCGUGACAGAGUACCGCCUGGACGGCCACACCAUCUCCGACCUGAGCCGUGGCAGCCGGGGUGAGCUGAUCCCCAUUUCCCCCAACACUGAAGUGGGGGGCUUGGGCAUUGGCACGCCGCCCUCUGUGCUCAAGCGACAGAAGAAGAGGCGCGUCACCCUGUCCCCCGUCACGGAGAACAGCGCCAGCCUGUCCUUCCUGGACUCCUGCAACAGUCUCACCCCCAAGAGCACCCCUGUCAAGACCCUGCCUUUCUCGCCCUCCCAGUUUUUAAACUUCUGGAACAAACAGGACACACUGGAGCUGGAGAGCCCCUCGCUGACGUCCACCCCGGUAUGCAGCCAGAAGGUGGUGGUCACCACGCCCCUGCACCGGGAUAAGACACCCCUGCAUCAGAAACACACCGCGUUUGUAACCCCAGAUCAGAAGUACUCCAUGGACAACACUCCCCACACGCCGACCCCAUUCAAGAAUGCCCUGGAGAAGUACGGACCACUAAAGCCCCUGCCCCAGACCCCGCACCUGGAGGAGGACUUGAAGGAGGUGCUGCGCUCCGAGGCCGGCAUCGAGCUCAUCAUUGAGGAUGAAGUGAGGCCCGAGAAGCAGAAGAGGAAGCCGGGGCCUCGGCGCAGCCCCAUCAAGAAAGUCCGCAAGUCCCUGGCUCUCGACAUCGUGGACGAGGACGGGAAGCUGAUGAUGUCCACGCUGCCCAAGGCUCUGUCUUUGCCGGCACAUGUUCCAUCAAGCACCUCCAGCCUCACCCUGCCAGGCAUCAAAGAGGACAACAGCCUGCUCAAUGAGGGCUUCCUGCAGGCCAAGCCUGAAAGGCUGGUGACGGCCCAGAAGCCCCGAAGCCACUUGCCAACACCUGCCCCAAUGACCAGUGCCUGGAAGACGGUGGCCUGUGGGGGGACCAGGGACCAACUCUUCAUGCAGGAGAAAGCCCGGCAGCUUCUGGGCCGCUUGAAGCCCAGCCACACAUCUCGGACCCUCAUCUUGUCCUGAGGGGCUUGGCAGUCACGAGCCCAUUCUCAUGUUUACAGGGGGCUGGGGGACCAAGACUGGUCUGAAUUUGAGAAUCACACUCAGGUGACCACCUGCAGGGAGCCUUCUGCAGCCAGCCCCUCCCCGGAUUGCUCAGGUGGAGUUGGCAGGUCCACCAGUCCUGUCUCAUGCAGCUGCGGCUGUUCCUGGUGCUAACAACAAAAUCCCACCCCUGGCCCUGCCUGGUUCUCUUCCCAGGGCCACAGGGAGCCGCAUGAGCUGCUCCCACGCUCUGGUCAGGCCCGGCCUCAUCUCAGACCCCUGCUUAGGACAGGGCAUGUGGCCAACAUGCUGCUGCUUCACCCUUUUCGUAUUUUCUUGGAAGAAUAAAAUUGCCUUUUUCCUGUGCUAC